GUCAACCUCAGAACCCAGAAGCGCCUGGCGGCCUCCGUCGUAGGCUGCGGAAAGCGCAAGAUCUGGCUUGACCCCAAUGAGGUCAGCGAAAUCUCCAACGCCAACUCCCGCCAAACCAUCCGAAAGCUCGUCGCAGAUGGCCUCAUCAUCCGCAAGCCUGUAACGAUGCACUCUCGAUCCCGUGCCCGGGAACUCACAGCUGCACGAAGAAUUGGUAGACACCGUGGUUUCGGUAAGAGAAAGGGUACGGCUGAUGCUCGUAUGCCAAGCCAAGUUGUCUGGAUGCGCCGUCUCCGUGUCCUCCGCCGUCUUUUGGUCAAGUACCGUGCCAGCGGCAAGAUCGACAAGCACCUUUACCACGAACUCUACCACCUGAGCAAGGGUAACACCUUCAAGCACAAGCGAGCAUUGGUUGAGCACAUCCACAAAGCCAAGGCUGAAAAGGCGCGUGAGAGGUCCCUGAAGGAGGAGAUGGAUGCCAAGCGUGCUAAGACCAAGGCCGCCCGCGAGAGAAAGCAGGAGAGAAUCGUUGCCAAGAGAGCGGCUCAGCUCGGGGAGGAAGAGGAGACUGAGACAAAGUAA